UUGCAUUCAACACUCACGACGCGACGUUAUCUAAGAACCGUUAUGGCACCAUUCUCUGGCUCUCUUCAGUCCAAGAAAAAAGCUGAUUUACAGAAUAUUGCUAACUCUCUUGGAAUCAGUGAUACUGGCACGAAAGAUGAACUGCAGCUUCGCAUCAAGAAACAUUUGGACAACAACCAGGAAGUGCUCGAGGGCGACCCUCAGUAUGCUGGCCUGUAUGGUAUCAGGAGCCGUGGAGGAGCCGUCGCUAGGAAGCCAAGUCUCCAACCUCAACUGCCUAGUUCUCGCCUUGCGCCACCAAAAGAACCGUCACCCCCAUCACCUCGGAAGCCAGUACCUAUGGACCCCAUUGUCGAGACACCAGAAAGGGGAGAAGUUUCUGUGAUGCUCAAAUCCAUCACCCCCUUCGCGACCAAAAUUCGGACCGUCGUCGAACCCCCAACGCCAAGUUCCCUUCCCCCGCUUCCAUCGAGUUCGGAUUCUAUAUCAGCCAUUAUUUCUGCACCCAAAGGUCUGAGUGCCAUGGUCAUCCGCAGAGUGAAAGAGGUGAACAAGGGAGAGACGCUUGUUAAGACGAGGUCAUGGAUGUCAAACUCGGCAAAUAUAUGGCUGCUGAGCGCAUUGGUCGAGUUUUUGGUGCUGCUGGCAGUUAUUGUGCCGUGGAUGUGGAUCGCUAUCGGUGGCAUCGAGGUGCCGUAUCCAACGGUAAGUGUGUUUCGGAGUCGAGCCUUUUGGAUGGAUAUUGGGAGGUGGGCGGGUCCCACUGUCGUUAUUCCGGGGCUUGUGGGGUAUCUGGUGUCAUUCAGGGGACGCGACGGUUUUGAUCCAUUGACGGGGUGGGUGGUUCGACUAGCUGGUGUCGUGUUGGCAGAGGACGCCCGAUGGCGUGUAGUUACUGCGAGUGUCGGUGUCGCCUUUGCAUUUGCAGAGGCAAUGCCUGCCCCAGCACCGGUGUUCAACGAGAGCCAGAAGCGGCUGACUGCAGGAAAUACAGAAAGCGAAGAAGUGGAUUAAUUAUGUUAUGGUAUCUAUUAUGAUGAUAGCUAUCUUUUGUUGUACACAUGUAUAUCUAUGCUGAUACCCUAUAUCGGGCUGAAAUAAGUAGGGGCAUUUGAUG